AAUAUUGAAUGUAAAUUUUAAAAAAAGCAUGUCUCAAAUAAUUAAAAAAUGUUUAUUUUCAACUUCAAUAAUUACACGAAAUUUGAGCUAUCAAAGCUCAAUUUCCUUAAAAAAUUUAUAUCCUAAUAGUUCAUUAAAAAUUACAACUCCUACACAGCCAAAUUAUACAACUUCCAGUAAAUUUUCUGGUAUUAUACCAAUGGAUAAAAUUGACAUUACGUACAGUCGAAGUUCUGGACCUGGUGGUCAAAAUGUAAAUACUGUUAGCACUAAAGUUGAUUUACGGUUUCAUGUUGCAACCGCUGAAUGGUUAGAUCCUGAUAUACGGCAAAAAUUAGUUGAACAGAACAAAACCAAGAUUAAUAAAGAUGGAUAUUUGAUAAUAAAAUCAGAAUUAACAAGAUCACAGCAGUUAAAUGUAGCCGAUGCAUUGGAAAAACUUCGUACGCUAAUACGGGCCACAGAUACCAAAAAUCCUGAACUUAGUCCAGAGACACAGGCUAAAAUUCAAAAACGUAUUAUGAAAACUAACCGAGAACGUUUGCUAAUGAAACGACAAAAAUCACAAAUAAAAUCUGAUCGUCAAGCUCCAGAUGUUUACAGUUUAUAAUUUUCAUUUUCUCAAGUUUGUUAUUUAUUUUUCCUUUUG